AAUCAUUGAUAGUACGGUUUGAACUUCAAAAUUAAAUUUGUAAAAAAAAAUAAAGACCAUCAGCUUCAUUCAGCGCGAUGUAUUUAAAUACGAUUAAUUUUCUGCACAAGCUGAGUAUUCGUAAGUUUUACGCGCGCUCACUGAUAAACCACUUGAUGUUCACCUCACAUAAGUUUCCAGCCGCUUCAUUGAAUCUUAGAUGCAACUGUAUUUAGACUCAUGUUCCCGGAAUGUAAUUUUUUGCUGCUGUCAGAGAGGAUUGACCGCUUCCAUAAAUCAAUACGUUCAAGCGAUGACUGAAAUAUAUUCGGUGCUCAUCACCGGUGCUAGCCGUGGAAUUGGUUUGGAGUUUGUGAGACAGUUUCUUAGUGAAAGCUCAGUCCAAUGUCGUAUAAUCGUUGCAGCUUGCCGAUCUCCAGAGAACGCCAAUGCUUUGCAAGAAUUGAAAAAUUCAAGUUCAAAAAUACACAUCCUAAAACUAGACGUGAACCAGUUUGAAACAUUUGACCACUUUGCAACUGAAGUUGCCGAAAUUGUGGGAAAUAAAGGGUUGACUCUGCUGAUCAAUAACGCAGGAGUCGCAACAUCAGUCUCGAACAAAUUAGCCGAUAUCACACCGGAAAAAUUCAUCUCCGUCCUCACGACCAAUAGCGUAGCUCCGGUGUUAGUAACAAAGGCGCUCUAUCCACUCUUGAAACAAGCUGCUCAGGUUCAAUCAAAAAAUAUCGACGGUUUUAGUGUAAAACGGGCGGCAGUGAUCAAUAUUUCUUCAGUAGCGGGGUCAAUUUCAAGAAAUAUAGGAAAUUAUAAGUGUUGGUGCUACAGGGAGAGCAAGGCUGCCUUGAAUAUGAGCACUAAAUCUUUGGCUAUUGAGCUGGGAAAAGACGGCAUUCUGGUAGAAAGUUUUCAUCCAGGUUUUGUUGACACUGACAUGACCAGCAGCAUCAAAGAAGGAGGACAACAUCAAAAAAUAAGUGCUUUCGACAGCGUAAAAGGGAUGAUUACCGUUAUGCUUCGGCUUAGCGAGAAAAACAAGGAAGGUUUCUACGACUAUAAUGGUGAAAUCAUUACCUUUUAGAGUGAACAAAGGGGCAAUCCAUAAAAAACGCGACACAAAGGUUACGUUCCAUUAUUGAUUGACUUAAGUUUGCCGCACAAACUCACCCCUACUCCCGACUUCCGCGUUCGGUGCUUCAUGGAAGGUUUUUAAAGUAAAAAGUCUGGUAAAACUAUAAUAUAAAAAUAUCAGACUAUUACUGAUCGCCAGAAUUUGUAAGCUACUGUUGAUAACUAGAAAAUGAUAAAAUUCAAAAAAAAAAAAAAAAAAAAAAAAAAAAAAAAAAAAAAACGAAGAAAGAAC